CCACUUGUUCAUAUUACAUGGGGGUCGACCAAGUCACGAUGGACACCUUCUCCGCCUUGAACACUCAAGAUGCAAAUCUCAGAGCUUCAGUGUGUUCCAGCACAUGCCGGUCCUUCGUCUACAAGGCGCACCUGGCGCUGCAUAUAACCUCCGCUAGCGAUGACACCCCGGCAAUCACACCUCAUCAUCGAACGUUGUGUUGGCUACUCGACGAUGGUACUCUUACGUGGACGACAAUGACUGAGUGCGUCGAGUCCGUCCUCUGUCGCGCUGCCACUGUAGAUGAUUCAGACUUUCUCAACGAACGUUUCUUCAUCACCACGGCGACAGGCGAAGUGUACACGUGCUACUCGAAGUGCCGCCUUGAGCGCGAUGCAUGGAUGCACGCGCUGCUGUCCACCUUGCACAACAAUGCCCCUCCCUCAUCUCCUCACGAUGAUCCUUCCGACAGCAUGGAUCGCAUCGUCGCUUGUUCUGCCGUCGUUCACGAGCAACUGGCAUCCUGGACGUCCAUCCUCACAGAUAUGCUCGCAUCUCCAUAUGGAAUGUGGAAGGAAACACGGCAUUGGCGGCGCUUUGGAAUGGCGGAACGGCGGCCGUACAUGGACUUGCAGAUGAAGAUGACAUCGUCAGCAGAAGUAGACGGAUUGAGCCUCGUCAUAGGACUGUAUGUCUACCACCAGAACCCCAUGAUGAUUCUGGCCAUUCUGUGCCAACUCGCGCGCCUCAUGGACACAUGUCCGUCGCAAGUGGAGAUGUACUGGCCCCAGAUCCUCCAUUGGGGCAUCACAUCCCAUGCGGUCCAGUCGGUCAACAUGCAGUUGUUCUACCUGUACUUUGUCGCUGGGGUGUGUCGGCGGUCCCUUCCAUUAGCCAUCAAGUCGUCCUGGGAAUGCGAUGCCGCUAAGAUCGAUGCAGUCGGCGAUCCUUCCAGAUAUGCAGCUAUUUCCCUCAUCCAGGUCUACGCGAGCAUGAUCAGCCUCACCGACGACAACAACAAUGCUACGGCCGCCAUGGUCGACAAGCUGUUCGUUAGCAACGCCCCCGACACGUCCAAGACCCACCAGAUCUUGCUGCAAUCUUUGUUUACGACCUCGACGUCGUUGCUCCGAAACCACCCUGCAACGAACUCUACGUUUGGAGAAUGGCUGGCUGCCACCAGUGAAGCGGACAUUGCAAGAGUCCACGAAACGUGGUCAACGUUGCCGUCGUUCGUGGACCCGUUGCCAGUCCCGUCCGAGGAAGUGCCGAUAAACGAUGCGACUGCGUCGGACAUGACGAGCCUGCGCGGGCGUAUGGUGGACGCAAACGACAUGGAAGACGUGAUGGAGUGUCUCAACGAAGUGCAACAGAACGACAAGCAACAAGACGUAUCAUCGUUAGUCAUCUUCCAAGAUACCAUGCAUGUCGUGAACUCCCUUAUCGUCGCGAGCCAAAACUUCAAGCGGCAGAUUGAAGAUCCACGGGACCGGAAGAAGCAUCUGCCGGCAGUAUUGACGCGACUGCGCGCCACCAUGCCAUCUCACGCGAUGCUUCCACUGGACCAACCGUGCUGGAUCACGGAUGUCCUCGUGAAUGAAGGCACGGUGUUCUCCACCAAAGCACGCGCGCCAACGAUGGUCUGGUUCGAAGGGUUGCAUGUCACGUCAAUUUCUGACGUCCCGACAGCAAUGCCGGAACUCAGUCCCGUUGUUUACCUUUCGGAGGUCCUCCUGGCCGACAUACUGUCCCCAUCUUCCUCCCCAUCAUCCUUCUCUUCUCGCGAGUCUUCCAUGACCGAAGCGCAUCUGUCCGUCUUCGACUCGUGUAAAGUGCGCACCACCGACGACUUUUCGAUUUUCACUAGCAUGCAGUCUUUUGCGGAUAAAAAGAGCCGUAUCCGGAAAGAACGGAAAGGGGUGCAACCAGGAUGGGACGUCGUGCCGGUGAUCGCCAAGAGCUUGGACGACAUGCGACAGGAAGUGUUUGUGAUGCAGCUCAUGCACGUCUUCGACCAUAUCUUCCGCUGCGAAGGCCUCGGUGGACUCGACCAGCUCUGGCUACGACCAUACUCGAUCAUGUGCUGUGGCGAUAAUUGUGGCCUCAUGGAAGUCCUCACCGAUUCCAUGUCGGUCUCGGAUGCCAAGAUGCAGUACAUCUCAGUUGCACCUCCUGGAUGCGUCACAGCUUCGCUGGUGGACAUAUUUUCCAAGCGAUACGGCGAUCCCGACUCGACAACUUAUGCUGUCGCACGGAAAAACUUUGUCCGAAGCAUGGCGGCGUACAGUUUAUUUUGCUACGUACUCCAGGAUCGCCAUAACGGCAACCUGAUGCUGCAUGCAGAAGGCUAUGUGAUGCACAUUGAUUUUGGUUUCUGCUUUGGAACGGCCCCAGGUGGUGCCUUCAGUAUCGAGGGCGCCCCGUUCAAGCUCACAGACGACAUGAUUGCCGUGAUGGGGACCGCUGGCAUGACAGCAUUUCAAGCUCUGCUGGCGGAUGGCCUCGUUGCGCUUCGUCGCCAUGCUUCACGGAUCCUCUCGCUCGUGAAAAUCACGGCACAUGCUUCGCCCUUUCCCUGCUUCCAAGGAGAUGUUCUUACCAUGUGCCGGCGACUCAAGGAGCGGCUGUGCGCCGAUGCUGUGGACGAUGAUUGGGUGCGGCAGCAUGCCCUUGCGCUCAUUGCCCGCAGCGCCGGCAGUGUCCGAACUAAAUUAUACGACCAAUUUCAGUUUCGAAGCAACGGGUACUUGGUUUAAUCAUCAUUUUUGUGCUUCUUCUUUUUGCUACUUCUGCUCUUUUU